AUGCGUAACCACUACUCAAUAAGAGUGCAUGAAGAGAAAUUAUUGCUGCAAUUCUCAUCACAAAAGGGACAAAAUGUUACCACGGUCGAAAUUCUAGACCAAAUCGUGCGAAAAGUCUUCAAAAUGGGGGUAAAAGUAUUGGAGGAUGCCACCUGUAUCGGAUUUUUCGAGGACAAAAAUGCUCGGGACAAAGUUGCCGUAAUCAAAGAAGAUGGGUGUUCGUCAGGCAAUGGACGAAACGGCGGUGAUCAGCUUCUCUCUGUUGGUGAAGGAUUCGAGACAGUGCGAUUUAUUUAA